AUGGCACCUCGUGGAAGAAGACCACGCGUACCCCCCUCUGAGAACAAUACCGUACAAGAUGAUAAUUCAGAAGUACUCGCUGCUGCAGCGACACGUUUCUUUCAAAGGAUGGUCAAUGGUGAUAUGGUGGUAGGUAGAACCACACAAGUAGGAUGCACAUUAGAACAGUUCUCCCACCAGCACCCACCUACGUUCGAUGGUAGAUUGAAUUCCAUGGAUGCGGAAAGCUGGAUCGAUCGUAUAGAGCAGAUUUUUGAAGUGCUCUACUGCACUGAUGAUCAGAAGGUCAAAUACGCCACGUACCACUUGACUGAUAUGGCAAACAAGUGGUGGAAGUCAACCCGGGCGUUGGUUCAGUUGGAAUUAGGGGAAGCAGUCCCCAUUACUUGGGAGCAUUUCAAGAAAAUAUUUUUGGACCACUUCUUUCCGCAAACCCUUCAGGAGUCGAGAGCUCGCCAGUUUAUGGAUCUUACUCAAGGAUCAAUGACGGUAGCACAGUAUGCUACGACAUUCAUGGAGCUUUCCCGUUUUGCCAGUUACUUAAUUCCAGAUGAGGAAAAGAAAGCUGAAAAGUUUGAGCGCGGUCUGAAUCGCAGGAUUAGGGAGCGCCGACAGCAGCAACAACAACUCCAACAAGCAUCACAUAGGGAUAAGAGGCCUUGUCAGGAUAAUGGACAACGGCCACGAGAGGGCGAGACAGGAUGGCUUCCCCUAUGUGGAAAGUGUAGUAAGAGGCAUGCAGGGAAAUGUUUGUUGGGAACCGGAGCAUGUUUCAAGUGUGGGAAGGAAGGACACCAUCUUCGAGACUGUCCUAGGAAGAACAUAGCUACUACUCAAGCUACAAGAGAUGGACAGAAGAAUAUGGCACCAGCUCGAGUUUUCUCCUUGGUACAGUUGCGUGACACCGAUGUGCCCGCCAAUGAGAACACUGGUGCUAUAGGUAACGAAAUUCAAUCUUAUCAUGAAUUAUAG